AUGCUCAUUCUCACUCUUUCAGCGCUGCUUGCGCACGUUCUGCAAGUGUUUGAGUUGUUGUUCCGCAAUCGCCGUGAGGCGCUGCAACCGCGCGAAGGCGGCCCCAUCGGAAGCCCUCCCGAGAGCAUUAGCGUAGGAUCAGCAGGACGAAGCACGGACACGAAUUUCAACAUGUUCAAUGGGUUGGAAUUGAUGACACCUCCGGCGAGUGUACAGGGCAGCAGACCCGGAACCACCGCAUCCAGUGGCCUCAACACCCCUCGCAACGGCAGCGUAGUACACUCCUUCAGCCCUACCAUCGAGAAAGGCACCACACAUUCUGUCCGUCUCAGCCUCGGCACGUACGAGCUUGAUGAGCGUGAUGAAUUCAUCCUUCAGACUAGCCUACUCAAGAUCGAGUUGAGCAAGAUCACUGCCUUGAUUGAGGCCUUUGAAGCGAGGCUCUGUCAGACAAAGCUACAUCAUGAUCUUGUGUCGUACCUAAAGCAGGGCUUGGGUGCGAAUUAUGAAGCGCUGAAGAGGCUGGCUACCGUUUGUAGUAGAGGCCUGGGAAGGGCGAAUUGUAUUGAUAUACCGUAA